UAUUAUUAUUUUUAAACACCAUUUAAUUACGUUAAGCGCUAAACAAAUCAAAGGUUGAGAAUGAGCGAACCGUACGGGAAAAAAACCGAUAAAACUUUGAUAACGACGGUCUGAGGAACUUUGACCACUGAACGCCGAGAACCAAGUCUCUUCGUCAGUUCCAACAGUGAUCGUUCGUUAGUUCACGAUGCCGGACACGGUUCGCCAAGUGCCCAUUUCCGACGACCGCUACCGGUGCAACGGUUCAGGUACGGACAGCUAUCCGUCCUCGCCGGCCGUCUCGCCGUCGCACAGCUUCAAACGCUCAAAGUCGACCUUUUACCUGCUCGACAGGCGCACGUCUCCGCCGCCGGGUCGCCUGCUGCAGCCGCAGAACGUGACGGCCGGUACGAUCCACGGGUACGCCUCAACGUUUUUCUGGACUGUGGCCAACAUACUGUUCGGUCUGACGUGGGUGAAUGUGCUGCUGGUACGAGUUCCGUCGCUGUGCCUGUGCCUGUGGGUGCGGUGCGCCUGGAAGUGUGCCAGGGUACCACUGGUCGUGUCCAAGUGCGUCUUGAGGCUGUGCACCACGAGCCCGAACAGGCGACGGCGCCGGGGCCAGUGUACCGUGCUGAUAAACGGCGGCAGCACGGUACAGGCGCUGCACUUGGCCAGAAACUUCCACAAGGCGGGCGCCCGGGUGAUCGUGUGCGAGAUUGACGGCCGAGCGGAGCUGAGCUCGUUCUCGGUGGCGGCCGACGUCCACUACACCGUGCCCGGGCCCAACGAGGACAACUGCGUGCAGUACGUGGACGCGCUGAGGGCGAUCGUCGAGAAGGAACGGGUGGACGUUUACGUACCCACCGGCGCUACCGUAUCGGCGUACUACGACGCGGUGGCCAAGCCACACCUGGAACUGCUAGGGUGUCGGUGCUGGACUCCAGGGCUGGACGGUGUCGCGUUACUCAACGACCUGUCUGAGGUGUUCCGUUUGUGCGAGGAGGUGGGUCUACCGGUGCCCAAGCACCUACUCGUGUGCUCAAAAGACGACGUUAUCAAGCUGUACGACAAUUUGUCGUUCAGGGCCGACCGACACUUCAUCGUCAACGUGGGCCAGUCCGGAUGCAAGACGGCGUACAGCCUGCAGCUGCCGGCCGCCAGGAAGUCGCUGCGACUGCCCGGCCCCGUGUCCGACGAUCGCCCGUGGCUGUUGGUCCAGCACUGCCUCGGGUCGUACUACACGACGUGCACCACGGUGCAGGCGGGCCGGGUGGUGUGCAACGUGACGUGCACCGCGCACGACGGCCGAGUUACAGACCGAAAUGCGCUGAUCGACGACUGGACCGCACGGUUCUUGUCAGCCGUCCCAGUGCGGUUCGACGGCUAUCUGUCGUUCAGGGUAUGCGUGUCGCCGUCCCGGAAGGUCGUACCGCUGGGAUGUCACGUCGGCGUUCCCAUCACAUACGCGUUGUACUACAGCAAUUUCGAACGCGUCAUGCAGUGUUCGCCGCCGCCUCACGCGUACCGUUCAAACGGUGUUACGGCCGCACAUGCGGGUGUGGACGCCAACGGCGCCACACCUUCGUCCACCGAGCUCGUUACCGAAACGACGGACCGGUAUUACGCUACGUCGCUGCUCUACGAGACGGUCACCCGGAUGAUCACAGUCCAGUCGAUCAAGCGUCUCGUGCGCACGGUGGUCAUGGAACGUGAAAUGGUAUUCACGUAUUGGGACCCACUGCCGUUUUUCGCCCACUACAGUCUGCAGAUGAUCGUGGACCGCAUAAACACCGCACUGGACGAGACGACGAUAUUGUCAUCGUCGGCCCAGAAAAACAGAUACACCACGUUUUAAUACACGGCGGCACGUGUACAAAAUUUGUAAAUUAUUUUUCGCUUUUGUGAUGUUCGGUAGAGGUCCAAUAUUCGGUUAUGUUGUGCCGACAAUUAAAAUUUAUCAAAACCGUUUGGUCUGAUAUAUUAUUAUGAUGCGAUGUAUAAUAACAUAUUUUAUGAUAUUAUUGUGAUCUAUAGAUAACAUCCACUGCUAAAGUCA